AUGGAACAUAUUCUUCUUGCUGGUGAUUAUCCAAAUUUGACUUAUUUGGAACUUUUCAAUUUCAAGCAGAAGAUAGUUUGUUAUUUUACAGAUAAAUCAGCAUUUCAACAUAUUUUUCAACAUCAGAUAACAGAUCUUAUUCUUCAUAAUAAUGAUGAAAAUCGUGUUGGAACAUCAUUGAAGAUUUAUAAUAGAAAUAUUUAUGCACACAUCAUAGAUGUCUUUCAAAAUCUACAGCAUUUAACAAUUAUUAGAUCAUCAUCUGUGGACGAAUAUCCACCUUUUUCUCUAUCUUGUUUGCCAUCAACUACAUAUUUCACUUCGACACUUACUACUUUAUGUAUUAAUGUGCUUAGUUUUGAUGAUUGUAUCUCUUUACUUGAUGGUCGUCUCAAACAACUAACUACAUUCAACGUUCAAUUUUAUUGUAUCUUCAAGUAUACAUUGAUCCCUAUCAAUAUAGGUUAUAUACAUAAUUUAAAGUGUUUCUCAUUAACAAGUUAUAAUGUCUUUUGGGAUACUAAUGAUUUGAUUGCAUCACUUCUCCGUCGUAUGACUCAUCUAGAAAAAUUAACUUUAUAUCUUCGUAUGGGAAAGAGUGGUCGAUUGGAUUCUAAUACAAGUCCAUAUGUUGAUGGGACAUAUCUUCAGAAUGAAAUUCUUGUUCUUAUGUCUCAACUUCAUACAUUCAACUUUUAUAUUAGUACACAAACUCUCAUUGAUUAUUCAUGUUCUCGAAUAUCUAGUAAUAAUAUUCAACAAACAUUUAAAAAUAUAAAAUAUGAACAAACAGCUUGUAUUAUAGAUUAUUUUGGUGCAGUUGGAACUAUAUGUCAUGUUGACUUACUUCCAUUCACAUUUACUCAUCUGGAAAUGAUUACGACUCACUUUCCAUUUAUUUUAUUUAAUAGUGUAACUCACUUGUCUGUGUAUGAUUUCAUUCCAUUCGAACAUGAAUUCUUCAUGCAAAUUAGUCAAGCUUUUCCAUUGCUCAAAUGUUUCUUUACAGAGAAUUGGCGAAUGUAA